GCGAAGGAGGGACCGAAAACCCUCGCCUAUAAAGGGUCGCCUUCGACCACCUUUUGAGGACCUCUCUCUCGUGCUCCCCUCUUUCUGCGGAUCACUAGGGUUUCGCUGUCUGCGACGAUGUUGGUCUACCAGGAUCUGCUUACCGGGGACGAGCUCCUCUCUGAUUCAUUCCCAUACACUGAAGUCCAGAACGGGAUUCUGUGGGAGGUUGAAGGAAAGUGGGUUGUCCAAGGAGCAAUUGAUGUAGACAUUGGAGCGAACCCAUCUGCAGAGGGUGGCGAUGAAGAUGAAGGUGUUGAUGACCAAGCAGUCAAGGUGGUAGAUAUUGUUGACACCUUCAGACUUCAGGAGCAACCUGCUUUUGACAAAAAGCAGUUCGUAACUUACAUCAAACGUUACAUCAAGCUUCUCACUCCAAAGUUGGAUGAGGAGAAGCAAGAAGUUUUCAAGAAGAACAUCGAGGGAGCAACCAAAUUUCUUCUCUCCAAGCUCAGUGACCUUCAAUUCUUUGUGGGAGAGAGCAUGAAUGAAGAUGGCAGCCUUGUAUUCGCAUACUAUAAAGAUGGUGCCACCAAUCCUACAUUUUUGUACUUUGCUCAUGCUUUGAAGGAGGUCAAGUGUUAAGGGAGUUUGGCUAGGAGAGCGCCUUACUGGCUUCUUCUCUCUAUUUUUAGUGUUCUCUUUAUUUCGGUGUUGGUGGAAGACCUAGAAAAUGAGAAGUAUGUAGUGCCUUUCUCCAGUCUACUUCAAGACGAUAACUUAAAAUUUAUUGGCUAGGAUUUUACAUGGUUCUCUCUUAUUGUGAAUUUUUCAAUUAAGAUUGUGUUUUUUGAUCUA